CACCUGCGUACACACCUGAGUCGAGCCACUCCUGUCUCAUGACACAUGCGAGAUGGUUGAGGAGCGGCGGCCGGACAGCGCUCCGAAGCCUCACUUUCUGGUUUCCUACCUGGAAGGAUUUCUGAGCUUGUAAAAGCUUUUUUGUUUUUGUUUUUGCGUCAUACAGAACGUCUUUCCUCUUAAAGAUCCAGAAGAAAAAACAAACUGAUUCAUCGUUUGUGGGACUAACACCUGAUGAAGAUGUGGUCUUUAAAUGUGAUGAUCCUCCUCCUGUUCUGUUAUGCCUUGUUUCCUACAGCUUGUCUCUCGACUGGAGAAGGCAAAGUGUUUUUUGAGUCCAAGAACUUCUUUAACGUUCUCCACUGGGAUCCUGCGGAGCCUGGUAUUCAUGGACAGGAUGUGCUCUACAGCGUCCGGAACCAGAGGUACGGCGAGGAGCAGUAUGAGGAUAUAAAGCAGUGUCAGAACAUCACGGAUCUGUCUUGUAACCUGACUGAGAUGACGCCAUUCCUUCAUGACGUUCAGUACGUGGCUCAGGUGUUCGCAAACGGAACGUUUCUUGGCUCCACGAUGAGGUUCAAACCGUUAGCGGACACUACUCUCGGGCCACCUAUUUUGGAGACGCACACAUCAGAGUCGACGCUGUCCGUGAACGUCACCCUGCCUCUGGGGCCAAAUGGAGCCUCUAUUGCAGAUAUCAUCGCCAGCAGCAGAAAGGGCUCCAAAACAAAUGUUUUCGUUUAUAUUUUACAUCUUACUGAGCCACAGUGGGCCGCACAUGUCAAUAAAAGCAGAAGUGGCCAGUUUGUUAUCAACUUGAAGAAGCAAACAAAGUAUUGUGGCCAUGUGGACUACAAGUCGUCCUUAGAGUGGGGUCGCAAAGCAAGCGAGAAAGCCGCUUUCUGUGUCACACUGCCAGACGAUCAUCCGGUGCACUGGAUCCUCGUGGGUGUUGCCGUUGUUGCGGGCCUCAUAACACUGUCGGUUGUUUGCAUGUGCACCUACGUGAGGGGUGGAAAGCCGAAGAGCAUGCCACGAGCACUUGAGGCCCAAAAAGCAACCAGAAGGAUAUUUAAGUUUCCAGAUGACAGCCUCACCGUUUCUGAACUGAAGAUCGCCUCUAAAAGUGAAAACACAGUUUAUGUCACCAUCAAGAAAAAGUUCAGUGUGCCCUCGGAUGCAUCUCCAGUUUACUCCUCGCACGGUGUUCUCUCCGGCGUCUGGCCCGACAGCAGCGGCUCUUCUGCGGGUGCAGCUGCAGGCGGUGCAAUGCCAAAUCCCGAAAACACCAGCGCCCAGUCCUCCGAAGUCUACGGCGCAGUGGCCAUCCGCGUCCCAGAAGAGGACAAUGGAGAUACUCAGCCCGUCAGUGACAACAGCGUGACGAGUGACCCCCUGCUCUCUUCCAAUAAAACAAGCUUUAACGAUCGUAAGAUGAAUGCAACGCUCAUCUUACAUGAAGCACCAACAACACCUAAUGAAGGUGGCCCAGAAAGAACACUGGUGCUGCAAACACGGCGGGAUAUGAAUGGACAACUUAUGCUGCACGUGACCGGUGACACCGCAUCACCAGUCAGUCCAGAGAGGAAACCCCUCCUAGGGGACCUCAUCUUCAUCAAGGAUGGACCGUCUUUACAGGACUUAGACACCCCAGAGGGGUUGGACUCUGGGUGUGAAGACAGCCCUUUAAGCAGUCCGACUAAGCCCGACUGCAACUCAAACUACAUCCCGACUCAGCCAGGUAGCAUGUAUGUUCAACAGGGAACUCAAAGAGGACCUGAAUCACCGCCUGAAUCAGCUUACAAACCAAACUGGGUCCAUUCAACCCUUCAAGACUGUGCAUCCACAGAGAGCUGUGAGGAGCCCAGGACAAACUAUCCGAGGACUUCGACUGAUCUCAAAACGGAGGAAGAACAUGAUGACAACGAAGGAGAUGGAAGAGUGGACAGUUUACUCGCUUUGAGAGAGUGGGGAAUACAAAUUCAAGACUAUUAAUCAACUAUAGUGUUAUCAGUUUUCGACCAGGAAAACUGGAGACGCAUUACCUCACUGAGCUGUUGUUUGUUUUGGAGGGCGUAAAAAGGGGAGAAUAACAAGGAGGACUGAAGCCUGCUUCAAUGACGAGGCAGAGAAAUCAGCCACAGCUGGACUGUGUGCACUGCAUGCAACACAUGGUCAAAAACAAUGUCCUGAUUCGUCAAUUACUUUUAUCACACAUCUCUAUAUCCACAGGUUUAUUCUAGUUUAUUCCAAAUGUGAUGUCAAUGUUUUGCUUUGCAUCUCUUUAUAUUUAUCAAUUCAUAGGUUUAAACUAUUUCAAUGGUAACUACAGCCUACAUUAAUUUAUGGAAUUACGAUUGAAGUGUGGAUUUAUAUGUAUUCACACACAUAGUAAGUCACUGUUUACUUUGUUGAGUCUUUGUUUAAUGGGACAUGUUCACGUGGGAUCUGGAUCAAUGAUCACAUGCGUUGCAUUAUGUCGCAAUAGACUGCUUUGCAAAGUGCAGGGUGGGAAAGUGAGGCUCACUAAGUGCUAAAAAGCUCUUGAAGUCAAGGGGAUGUCUUUCCUCAGCGUAACUGAGAGCACUGCAGUUCAAGACCUGCUGAAACCCCGACGUUCAAGCUUCACAGCAGCUUCAGGACAAACACAUGCACAUCAAUAACAGUGAGCUUUAUCAGACUGUACAGAUGUUCCGGUGUUUGAGUCGUCAAGACAUUUGUGUCCCUAAGACAACACACCAUCGCAGCUUAUUACACCCCCACCCUAAACACACAAAUCUAGUCCAGUCAUUUUAAAUUACGAUGUGGAUGGUGAGGCUCAAGGAUUAGAUAUGGAAACCAAUUUCAAUGUAUUGUGUCUGAAUAAAUGUCCAACACUGAUUCUUUGUCCCAGCAAGUCGUCUAAAACAGGACCAGUAUAAGAGCAAAUGCAUCUGUUCUCUAUUCUCAGAAACAGAUUUCAGCUUCAUCAGUGAUGUCUGGAAGUUGUACAGUGGUUGCAUCUGUAAAUAAAUGAAGGCAAUGUCUUUUUUUUUCUUUUUUGUUGAAAUGUCAUAGAGGUUUAUGAACUCAUUUCCUCACUGUUUGCUGUUCUUUCAGUUGAACAAAACGUAGUGUGGUAAAUAUAUAUGAGAAGGUGGGGUCAUGGUGCAGCCCGAGCCUCGCUGAUAACAGGGAGCUGCUCUUUUAUAGACAGCUGUAAAGCCAUAACACCCGGUAUGCUGAGAGAGGCUGAUGGAAGUUACAUAAAGACAGUUUGCCAACGUAUAGUCCUGCCUGCUGAACAUAUGUAACAUAAAAGUAGCAUGUCGACAACACUUUUGAGUUCCAUUUAGAUAUAAGGUAUUAUUAACAUAAUUCACAGUAAUGUUUGUGUAGUUUUGAGGGUAUUUUAUUAUCAAACUAAAGAAUGUGGAAAAAAAACCCAAAGGCUGUGAUUAAAGCAUUUUUACUGGAUUUGUCGCAAAGGUUCUGGUUCGGUUUGGUGCUGUUGGCUUUACCAGAGAAGAUUGUUAAAGUAACUCAGACCUCCGAACGAAACUCACCAUUGCUGCCCAACAAAAGCAUUCUCCGUCACAUUGUGUGCCGGUGAAACAAAUUGAAGUGUGUGUUCUUGCUGAGUGUUUUACACAUUUACCAUGUCAACAGCAGGGUGAGGUGGAUUGUGCAAAGAAUCCAAAGUACAAAUCAGCAGCAGUCUGUUGUAAAGUAAGCUUUGUUUCAAUGAGUAAACAGCUUGUUUUUUCGAGAUUAGAUCCGCUUGAACACUUGAUCUGAGUCCAUUCGCAAUUUGAAUAUCUAUUUGCGCAAACAAGAGACACUUAUAAAGCCAUAAAGUGUAUUCCAACAAAAACAGUCGAUCAAGCAUCUUGAUAAUGAACAGACAUUAUAUUUGAACUCUUCCUUUAAAUAAUAUUCCACAAGAACUUCAGGAAAAGUUGAACCAAUUUCAAAUGUACCUCAAAUUAUUUCACAAAAUAAAGAGUAACUUUAGAGUCUUUGCUGGGGUUGUCCCUGUAACUUAACUUACAGGUCCUUCUAUUGUAUGCGCUGCUCAAUGAGGAAGUGAUACUCAUAUUAACUGUAACAAAGUGGAGGGACAAGAGGUUUUUGGAGGCAGUGAAUGUUUUCAAAGGGAUUAUGCCAGACGAGUGUGGAUUUCAGGUGUUACGCCUAUUGUAAGUUUGGUUACUGAAUUGAUACCAGAUACACUAAAGACGUCAUCCACAGUAAAAAGUCGCACAUGAUAUGGACGCAGCAAGAAACUAAGUAAUAGAUUUAACUUGGUUUACUUUAAACAUUCAUAGAAAAUUAGUCAAAGUUGUUUGAUAUCAACUACUGUUCAGAUGUGUUUGGUUGAAGCAAAAUGAAAACUGUAAAGUCAACUUUUUCAACUUUCCAGUGCAUCAAUGAGAAACCAGAAAGUUUCCCAAUAUGAAAAAUACAGAAGCUCAUAAUCACA